AGUUAGUCUCCAGUUCUUUUGACGUGCCGUCACAAUAAACAUGACGUGCUGGAAUAAAUAUACGUAGUACAUACACCAAAUGGAUCUCACUAUCACUCGAGUAUUAUUUGUUAUUAUUUACAAUAAUUGAUUAUUGUUAAUAACAUGAGAGGCGUGUUUGUUAAAUCAGUUAAUUAUUUGGUUACAAUGUAGUUAUAUUCCGGUAUUGUCAUCGGAUAAUUUAAUAUCGAUGAUUAUUAACGGCGUAAUAAAAAAUAGGUGUACAAAGCAAUAGCAUUGUUUAUUAAUUAUUUAACUAGGCAAGGUUUAAUUGUUAUUAUAAUUGUAAAUUGUAAAUAGUUGAUAUUUAUUUGUGCGCUUAACCUGGAUGUGAUAUGAUAGCCAAUUCACCGACGAGUAUUGAAAAUCAAAUAGAUAGUUUCCUUGAGCAAUUCAAGAGAAGCGCCUCCAGGGCAAUGGAAGAUAACGCCAGAGGGAGUUAUAACGCGAGCAGCAGCAUCAGUCGCAGCAGAAGUGGUAACCUCGACCUCGAAGUCUUGGAGGCCGAAGAUGUGGAGAGUAUGACCGGAGAGAUCGAAAACGGCGACUUGGCAGUCCGGGACGUAGCAGAUCUCCUUCAGCAUCAAUAUGCUAUUAUUACGGGAGGUAAAACAAGAGAAGGAUGUCCUAUAAUUACAUUCCCUGACAAUGGAAACUUUCACAAUCUUACUGAUUUAGAUUAUCAGCGUUUAAUGCUCUAUCUCACUUCAGUUCCCACUCUACAAGAAGCUGACUUGGGAUUCCAUUUGAUUAUCGAUCGUCGCACAGACAAGUGGAACUCUGUUAAAACUGUCCUCAUUAAAAUUUCCGCAUUUUUCCCAGGGUUAGUUCAUGUCGCCUACGUUCUACGGCCAGUUGGUUUUCUUCAAAAAGCCAUCUCUGAAGUCUCAAACAAACUCUUCCGUGAAGACUUUAAAUUUCGGGUUAUUGUGCUGGCAAAUGUAACAGAGCUCCAUGACUUUAUUGACAAAGAUCAGUUGACAGAGCAGCUCGGUGGUGAUUUACCAUACUGCCAUACAACCUGGAUUCAAAAUAGAAUAAGUUUAGAAAAAUUUUCAUCCAUGACUCAAGACGUAUCACUUGCCUUAGAUUCAUUUACUCGUCGCUUAGCGGAAAUUGAAUUUCCCAAUAACACAAUAGCGACGACGCGGUUAUUGAAUCAACAGCAACUCGAGUAUAAUGAACUGAAAGAGGAAAUUUUGAGCGCAGCGCGACAUGGUGAAGCACUUUUAGAUAGUGUACGACAAUUGACCGGCAAAAGUACUGCCGAUCGAUUAGGAAAUGUCGCUGCUGUUGAACGGUUGUUAGUGCAACUAGAAGAAACAGAACGAACAUUCGAUCUUUUUUGGUCGCAUCACAGUUCUCGUUUACGACAUUGCCUAGCUCUCCGGCAAUUUGAGCAAGAUUUUCGUGAGCUACAGUCUUCAUUGGAUCAGCAUCUGAAAACCGUUGACGAUAUGACUGAAGUUGGAGAAACCCAAGUUCGUGUUGAUCAACUUAUUCGUGAUACAUCUGCUUUCCAGCGAAUAUGCCGGUCCUAUUUGUUGCAUACCAUGUGGAUUUGGGUCUUGGGUGAUAUUGAUCGUGCUGAGGAAGUUAUCGCUGCGGGACAACAGUUAUUAUCAGGAAGACAUCAAUGUCCAACAGAAGUCGUUGAGCCGAAAUGUGCUGAAUUGCAACGUGUUUGCACGAUUCUCAGCCAAAGAUUGGAGAGGCGAUUACACACGCUCACUAAAUGCCGCGAACUUAUGGAACGCAUUGACAAGGCUAAUGCUUGGUGUACUCGAGGAAUAGAACUUCUUGCGUCGCAAAACAGUACAUUACCAACAGAUCAAGCUCUUCAGGAACUAGAACAGCUUAUUGAAGCUGCUGAAGAGUUUCACAGUCCACGAUGUAUUUUUCAAGACUCGAUUAUGCCAGAAACUAAAGCAUUAGUUGCACAGGUCUUACAACGAAUCGAAGAUGUGACAUUGAUGUGCGAAAAAAAAAUAAUUGUUUUAAAACAACAGUUGAUAAAACCAGCGAGACCGGUUCAAACGGUUACACCAGAGCCAGCAAAACCACUUCAAGCAUCACCACAAAUCAUAAAACCAGGAAGAGUUUUAAAAAAAGCUAAUACAAUGCCAAAGAUGGAAAUGGGUCCAAUAGAAGGCGACUCGUCAUCGCCAGAAAGUGAACCAAGAGAUGUCGAAGCAACGCGACUCAAACGCGGUCAUGUAUUAACAGAACUUGUUGAAACUGAACGUGCUUAUGUAGCAGAACUUGGAUCGAUUAUAAAGGGAUAUAUGAUGGAAAUGACUAAUGAAACAAUGAGCCACUUGAUACCGAGUGCAUUAGUAGGAAAAUCCGACGUACUAUUCGGGAAUCUCGAAGAAAUUUAUCUCUUUCACGAUGAAACGUUUUUACGUGACUUAGAAAAUUGUAUAUCGAAUACAGAGCUAGUCGCGCUGUGUUUUGUACAGCGACGAGAUAUAUUUUUCCGUUUAUACAGCUAUUAUUGUCAGAAUAUUACGAGAUCUGAGAGACUGAGAGAACAAAUACAAGGAGAGCCGCAAUUUUUAGCAGCUUGUCAGCAAAAACUAGGCCAUAAAUUACCGUUGGCUGCUUAUCUGCUUAAGCCUGUGCAGCGUAUUACAAAGUAUCAAUUAUUAUUAAAAGAUUUACUUAAGUACAGCGAUGAACCGGCUUGUUGUACAGAAUUACAAGAGGCUUUGGAUUGUAUGCUCGUUGUUUUGAAAUGCGUUAAUGAUAGUAUGCAUCAAACUGCUAUCACUGGAUUUGGAGGAGAUUUAAUUGCCCAAGGUGAACUCUUAUUGCAAGGAUCAUUCAGCGUUUGGAGUAGUAGUAAACGUGAGCGACUAUUACGAUUGAAACCAUCUCAGCGCCAUAUUUUUCUUUAUGAAAAAGCUAUGAUAUUUUGCAAACACAGCAAGCCUCAAGCUCACAAUAAAGCGACUUAUCACUUCAAACGAUUUCUCAAAAUGUCACAGAUCGGUUUAACUGAAUCCGUCAAAGGUGACACGAGAAGAUUCGAAAUCUGGUUACAAGGUCGUGCUGAAGUUCACACGAUACAAGCACCGAGUAAUGAAGUUAAGCAAUCGUGGGUACGCCAGAUAAAAGGCGUUUUAAUGUCGCAGCUUGCAGAGUUAAAAGGAAAACAGAGUACGGCGUUAGCUAAAUCUAAUCAUAAACCAUUACGACAAACAAUAUCAUGGGAAACGCAUAGUGUUUCUGGAUCACUGCGUACACUCUCCGUUGAUGGUAAUAGUGUAAUAUCACAUGUUACCGAUGUAUCACAAUCAACGGAAGAAGAUGUUGCUUGGAGUUCAGAAAAUAGUAACACUGAUGACGAAGAUGCUUUCUCUGAAAAUCCAGGACCAGCUCCAGGAGGAAGAUACGUAGCACUGGCUGAUUACUGUGCUGUCGGUCCAGCAGAAGUAACGAUGCGAGAAGGGGAUCACUUGGAAUUAUUAAAAGUUGGCUGUGCUGGUUGGUGGUUUGUUAAAUUAAUUGGUACUGGGAUUGAAGGCUGGGCGCCAGCGGCUUACUUAGAGCCAGUAAGUCGUAAAACAUCGCGCAGCUCUCAAUCAGUUAACAAUAGUCAAGAAGUUAUAUGAAAUCGGCGUUUAACACACUAAGUAAUACAUCGUAUGUAAUACUCAAUGUAUACUCAAUGUAUAAUGUAUACAUACAGUGUAUUAUUUAGUGUGUUAACAAUAAUUAUUAAACACCACUAGACUUUUUUACAUAUAAUUUCAUUUAACAUAUUAAAUUAUAAUAUAACAUUAAAAAAUUAAUAUGUUAGAUUUAUUAUGUGCAAUCAAAACAGUUUAUCUUUCUUUAGUUAUGCCACGAGCAAUUUUAAUCAAAUAUUAUCAGUUGAUAUUGUUUUAUUCAUUAUAAUGCUUAAGUAUAUCAAUUUUUAAUAUAAUAAAUAAGAGCUUAAUGGGCUAAUUAAAUGGCAAAUAAUUGAAAUUGUGAAUUAGAUUGUAAAAUUUAUUAUUAUUUAUAUUUUUAACAUCAACUAUUAGGACAAUUUUGUUGUUCGUAAAUUCGACUGAAUUAGCCAGUACAGUAUUUUAUUAUUAAACUUUUUUUUAUACCUAAUUAUAUCGAUUGUUUUAUUCCUAAUUAUUAAUUUAGA